GAGCAUAUGCAGCUCUUUACGGGCUACACAGCUGGCUGGACAGGUUCAUCUCUCACCGACAUUCGCGCGCCCCCGGGAGAGGCUGGUCUUUGCACGGAGCCCUCGAGGCACCCAGAAAGAGAAGCCGCGCGGCCUCGCUCUCUGGGGCGGGCAAAGGGGCGGGCGGCUGCAGCUAUCACCAUCCCAGCCUCUUUGGGGAGGAGCCGACGCGGGCCGCCCGCCUCCUGAAGUGGCUCACUGACACUCGAGGCUCCCGGGCCCAGGGAAGCAAGCAUGACCCAAGCAGAGAAGGGAGAGGCGGCGGCCGCGGCGGCGGAAAAUGGGAAGGAUAAGGAGCGGGAUAAGGAGAGAGAGCAGCGCGGCGCCAAGAGGCCCAUCGUCCCCGCCGCUGUGCCCGAGUCCCUCCAGGAGCAAAUUCAGAGCAACUUCAUUGUUGUGAUACAUCCUGGCUCAAUGACCUUAAGGAUUGGAAGAGCUACAGACACACUUCCUGUUGGUAUUCCUCACAUCAUUGCAAGAAGACACAAACAGCAAGGACAACCUACAUACAAGGACAGCUGGCUUCUAAGAGAAGGGCUCAAUAAACCUGAAAGUACAGAACAAAGACAGAAUGGCCUUAAAAUGGUUGAUCAAGCAAUAUGGUCCAAAAAGAUGUCAAAUGGGGCCAGACGUAUACCAGUGUCACCUGAUCAGGCCCGAUCUUACAACAGACAGAUGCGGCCUGCUAUUUUAGACCACAGUUCUGGGACCAAAUGGACAAACACUGCCCAUCAUCCAGAAUAUCUCAUUGGAGAAGAGGCACUGUAUGUUAACCCUCUGGACUGUUAUAAUGUUCACUGGCCUAUUCGACGAGGCCGGUUGAAUCUUCACUCAGGGCCUGGUGGCUCCCUUUCUGCCAUCCUAGCUGAUCUUGAAGUUAUAUGGUCUUAUGCAAUACAGAAAUACCUAGAAAUACCUCUGAAGGACUUGAAGUAUUACAGAUGCAUUUUACUAAUUCCAGAUAUCUAUAAUAAACAACAUGUGAAAGAAAUAGUAAAUAUGAUCCUGAUAAAGAUGGGCUUCUCAGGCAUUGUGGUACAUCAGGAAUCUGUCUGUGCUACUUUUGGAAGCGGUUUAGGUAGCGCAUGUGUAGUUGAUGUGGGAGAUCAGAAGACAAGUAUCUGCUGUGUUGAAGAUGGUGUUUCACAUCAUAACACCAGGCUGUGCCUUGCAUAUGGAGGAUCUGAUGUGUCAAGAAGUUUUUACUGGCUUAUGCAGAGAGCUGGAUUCCCUUACAGAGAGUGCCAGUUAACUAAAAAGACAGAUUGUCUUCUCCUCCAGCACUUAAAGGAAAUCUUUUGCCAUUUAGACCAGGAUUUAUCUGGACUGCAAGAUCAUGAGUUCCAAGUCCGCCACCCAGAUUCUCCAGCCUUGUUGUAUCAAUUGCGGUUAGGAGACGAAAAGCUACAGGCUCCCAUGGCAUUGUUUUACCCAGCAACCUUUGGAAUUGUGGGGCAGAAAAUGACAUCUUUGCAACAAAGAUCACAAGGUGACCCUGAGGACCCACAUGAUGAACACUAUCUCUUAGCCACACAAAGUAAACAGGAGCAGUCUGCAAAAGCCACAGCAGAUCGGAAGUCUCUGUCCAAGCCUGGUGGAUUUGAGGGAGAUCUGCGUGGUCAGUCUGCAAGUGGGGCUGAAAAUAUCUAUCCCCCAGAAGUGGAGUUAAGCACUUCUCACAGUGACUGUAUUAUAGGUGGAAAUGACUCGGAAGAACCACUAACUGCUCACAUGUCCAGAAAAACUGCUGUAUCUCAGUUUGAAGGGAAAGCUUUAGGCCUUGACAAAGCAAUUCUGCACAGUAUUGACUGCUGUGCAUCAGAUGAUACCAAAAAGAAAAUGUACAGCUCCAUCCUGGUUGUAGGAGGUGGUUUGAUGUUCCACAAAGCGCAAGAAUUUCUUCAACACAGAAUUCUCAACAAAAUGCCUCCUUCUUUCAGGAGAGUUGUUGAAAAUGUUGAUGUUAUUACAAGACCAAAGGACAUGGAUCCUCGGCUGAUUGCAUGGAAAGGGGGUGCUGUUCUAGCCUGCCUGGAUACGACACAAGAGCUCUGGAUAUAUCAACGAGAAUGGCAGCGUUUUGGUGUCCGUAUGUUACGUGAAAGAGCUGCAUUUGUAUGGUGAUCUAGUGACAUUUUAAAUAUGGUGGGGUGCUGCAUAUUUCCCCCCUUUUUAUCCCAAAUGAACUCAUGAUUCUGAUAUUUGUGUUUUUAAUAAACAACUUUUGUUUAUCUUUU